AUGGACUCUAAUGCUUGGCGUCGUCUUUGUUGUUCUUUUGGUUGUCAGUCGGCUGAGCUAUGCAACUCCCUCGCUAGCCUUGCAAAAAGACUCUGCACAGAAUUCGUUGACCCUCGUGGCUUACAGGCGUUUGUUGCAUGUAGACUAAUACCACUCAAUAAAUGUCCUGGCUUAAGGCCAAUUGAGAUUGGUGAAACAUUUAGAAGAAGAAUUUCGAAAUCUAUUGCAGCAGUAGUGAAGGACGACAUCUGCCAAUGUGCUGGUUCAUUGCAAGUUUGUGCAGGGCAAGAAGAUGGCUCUGAAGCUGCAAUUCAUGCCAUGAGAUCAAUAUUCCACGCUGAUGAGUCUGACUGUGUGUUGCUUGUGGACGCAAAAAAUGCAUUCAACACACUCAAUCGUAAUGCGACCUUGCAUAAUUCUAGGAUAAUAUGUCCUGCUCUCUCAACAAUACUGAUUAACACCUACAGAGUGGCAAUUAACAUGUACGUUAUCGGCGGAGAGAUAAUACAAUCAGUGGAAGGAACAACUCAAGGAGACCCAUUAGCUAUGGCAAUGUAUGCCAUCGGAACUGUUCCUCUGAUCUCUAGCCUUGCGGGAAUCUGUAAACAAGUAUGGUUUGCAGACGAUGCGACUGGAGCAGGUACCAUAAAUGAAGUUUGGAAAUGGUGGGACAAGCUGACUGAAGUAGGAGGGGAUUUUGGUUAUCAAACCAAUGCGACCAAGUCAUGGUUAAUCGUGAAACCUGAGGCAAAGAAACAAGCUGAAGUGGUCUUUGCAAAUUCUGGUGUUCAUAUAACAACUACAGGAAAGCGACAUCUGGGUGCUGCCUUGGGUGAUGACUGCUUUGUCGAGGAGUAUAUACGAGGAAAGGUAGAUGAAUGGGCUAAGCAAGUGUUAAACUUGACAUUAAUUGCAAAAACGCAACCACACGCUGCUUACUCAGCAUUACACGUGGUUUGA